AUGGAGAGAGAUGACCAGGAGUACUCACAGAAUUCAACUGCAUUUUCAUUUGACAAUGGAAGUCAAAUAAGUGUAGGAACCAGUCAGCCAUUCCAUCUUACACAGUAUACAUCAGAGAACUCACCAGAUAUAAUUGAUGACAUUAAGUCAACAUAUACACAGGAAAAUGUGCGUGUUGUAUGGGGGACAACUAUAAACAUCCAAGAGACGAUAGACUUGUUCAAAGAGUUUAUUAGGACGUAUUCAAAUGACGAUGGGGUAUUUGUGUACCUGCAGAGAAUUGAAGAAAUGCAUGAAUUAGAAGAUUAUGUAAUUACACUGAAUUGUGAGCACCUGAAAAACACGGCGUAUGGCAGGAUUUUAACAGAAAUUCUUGCAUAUCCUGUUGAGAUAUUUCCACUGUUAGAGAUAGCUGUGUCUGACUUGUACUUGGAGAAGUAUCCAUCAACCCCUCCAGCAAUUAAAGUGCUUGUGUCUAACAUAGGAAACCAGAAGAAUAUUAGAGACUUACACCCAGAGGAUGUGGAUACGACAGUGGAGGUAAUUGGAAUGGUAACAAAAACCAGUGGAAUAAUUCCGGAUAUUACUACAGCAGCGUAUGUGUGCGGAAAGUGUAAAGAAGUAUUAACAACUGAGGUGGUUAGGGGAGUAAUUGCAGAGCCAGUGGACUGCCCGUGUGGACAGAGAUUUUCCAUGGAAAUGGACAGUAUGCUUUCUUCCUUCCAAGACAAGCAAGUGAUAAAGAUACAGGAGCUGCCUGAAUCAGUGUGUGAUGGGCUGGUUCCGUGCACUAUAACAGUUCUUGCUUCGCACGUACUUACGGAUGGACUUUCUCCAGGGGAUAAAGUUAGAAUUGCUGGAAUAUUCAGAGCAGUUCCAUUAAAGCUGAAUUAUAUACACAGGACCAUAAAGAGCUCCUUUAAAACGUAUAUUGAAAUGGUCAGUUAUACAAAAAUAGCAGAGGAAAAAAUGGGAAGGUGCUCUUUCGAUGCACUAGAGGAGAUCGAGAGGCUAAGAAACACUGAAGAUGUAUAUGAGAAGCUUGCUUUAUCUGUGGCACCAUCUAUAUACGGAAUGCUUGAUGUGAAGAAGGCACUUCUUCUGCAAAUGUUUGGAGGAGUGACGAAGUCGUUGAACGGUGCUAGGUUUAGAGGGGAUAUAAAUGUACUUCUUGCAGGAGAUCCGGGUGUUGCAAAGAGUCAGUUGCUUCUGGCAGUGCACAGGCUUAUUGACAGGGGUGUAUACGCCUCAGGAAAGGGGUCUAGUGCAGUCGGUCUUACUGCAAAUGUAUCUAGGGAUAUGGAAAGCGGACAGCAUAUUUUAGAGUCUGGUGCUCUGGUGAUAAGUGAUGGUGGAGUGUGCUGUAUAGAUGAGUUUGAUAAAAUGGGGGAGGCCACAAGAAGUGUGCUGCAUGAAGCAAUGGAGCAGCAGACAGUAAGUGUAGCCAAAGCAGGGAUUAUAACAACUCUUAAUGCCCGGUGUUCAAUUCUAGCAGCAUGCAAUCCAAUUAAUAGUAGUUACGACCCAAAGAAGAACAUAAUUGAAAAUCUGGAUAUUCCACCGACACUGCUCAGUAGAUUUGAUGUGGUGUGUCUGCUUCUGGACAGAGUGAAUGAGAAAAGGGAUAAGGAAAUAAGCACGCAUAUUAUAAAGUUAUAUGCAGGAACAGAAAAACCAGAAGACCCUCCAGUAAAGGAAAGUGUGCUUAAGCAGUACAUCAAAGAAGGAAGAAACAUUAACCCGAGAAUAACAGAAAGUGCAGCACUAAGAAUAUCUAAAGAGUACCAAGAGCUACGCCUGCUAGGAAAUGGAAAGAGUGUCACAGCAACCACCAGACAACUAGAGAGUCUAAUAAGGCUGAGUGAAGCACACGCCAGAAUGAGACUUUCCCACACAGUUGAAGACAAAGAUGUCUCUGAAGCCAUUCGUAUUAUAAAGGACUCUCUGCAUAUAUAUGCAGUAGACCCAGUGACAGGCAGAAUUGAUAUGGAGCUUUUACACACAGGAAAAACAACUGCUGCACUAAAGCUAGAAGAUGACUUAAAAGAACUAAUCCUCAGAGACAUUGGAAAGGGAAGUACAGUCCCGAAGCUAAUGGAAAGUCUUAACACAACAGCUAGAAUCCAAGAAAAAGUUCUUAUGUCAAUUCUAGAAGAACUCCAAGAAGAUGGUAAAAUAAUGAUUGAUGGACUAUGCAUAACCCCAAAUUAAAAGUAUUUAGUAUUAUUAUAAGCAGAAAUUCAAUAAAUGCCA